CAACCAAACAACAAGCAAGACGAAGCAUGAACACCGCUCACUUCAGGAUCAACCAUAACAAACAACAAGAAUAAAGAGCAACAACGAUUGGAAAAGAGGGCAGAACGAACCUUAAGAAGCUCAGAGGAGACUCGCCGAAGAAAGAGCAAGAACAGGGGACGACGGCAGCUGCUGCUAGGUUUCUCUCGCAGAUAUAGAAGCGGGCGAGUGACUUACAGAAUUGAGAGUCUCUAGGGUUUUUGUAAGGAGGGAGGAUCCGGAUUUUACCGUUUCGUCCAAGGACGUGCUUUCCCAAAGUGGGGGUAGUAUGGUAAUUAGAGCCAAUUUGGUCGACGGUUGGUUCCCCUAAUGUGUUCGGCCCAUGCGGUAGUUCGGUCCGUGUUCGUAAUUAUUGUCGCCCGGCAGUCCACAUGCUUAUCGUCGUCGGUUUUAAAAUUAAGUAAUUAACUCUUUAUUUCGUUGAAUUAGCCAAAAUUUCGGUUGUUGCAACUUGCAACCAGCGGAAGACGAAGAAUGACGCCCACCUCCCACUCCCGUGAUUUUUCCAGAAAUAGCACUGUUUAAAAAAAAAUUCCAAAAAUAGCACCUAAAUCCGAAAAAUUCCAAAAAUAGCACCCUUUCCCAAAAACCGCUCCCUACCAGUGCGGUUUAGACGAAAACCGCCACCCAGGGGCGCGUUUUUCGAUGAAAACCGCACCCCCACCAUGCGGUUUGGUUGCAGAUCGCACCCCCACCAAGUGGUCUUUUUUUUUUUUUUUGAAAAUCCUAACCUAGGUGGAAACUUCAAACGAACAUAUCUUUGUGUUCGGGUAUCAGAUCGUCGCGAUUUUUUUUUAUUCUGCAUAACUUUUUGAGAUCUUGCAAGCCGAAGACUGCCGAAGGUGGUUUGAUCUCGCCUUCGUCCCAAAAAAUGUGGUUUGCUACCCCGCACGAGCUUAUUUCCGAUUUCGUCAAACUUUGGACAACCAUAACUUUGUGCUCCAAAAUCCAAACGACAUGAAUUUUUUUUUAUUUCGCAUAAAUUUUUAAGGAAUACAACUUUUAUCAUAGACAUCAUUUCAAAAUGUACGUGGAUUGCUGAGAAGGGAAGGUAAGCUAUUCCCAAAAUCCUGUAUAUUCAAAUAAUUCCUGUUUUGAAAAUUCAUUCUAGUAAAAAUUGUAGUCCUUAAAAAUGUCGUUUGACGAAAUCGGAAAAAAGCUCGUUCGGGGUAGCAAACGACAUUUUUUGGGACGAAGGCGGGACCAAACCACAUUCGGCAGUCUUCCGCUUGCAAGAUCUCAAAAAGUUAUGCGGAAUCAAAAAAAAAUUCGCGACGAUCGGAUACUCGAACACAAAGAUACGUUCGUUUGAAGUUUCCACCUAGGUUAGGAUUUUUCAAAAAAAAAAAAAAAAGCAGACCGCAUGAUGGGGGUACGAUCUGCAACCAAACCGCAUAGUGGGGGUGCAUUUUCAUCGAAAAACGCGCCCCUGGGUGGCGGUUUUCGCCUAAACCGCUGGUACGGGUGGCGGUUUUGCAGAAGGGUGCUAUUUUUGUAAUUUUUCGGAGUUGGGUGCUAUUUUUGGAAUUUUUUUUUUAAACAGUGCUACUUUUGUAAAAAUCCCUACACUCCCAACCAUUUCUAACACUUGUCUUCAGUUUGUAACACACUUGGGAGCUCCUCCAGUUUUGGCUCUCUUGCUUUUAAAUGGAGCUCACCUGCUCUACUUCUUCUUUUGCGAGAAUUUCAGCUACAACCAUUCAUUCCAGCGCUUCUUAUCAUCUUCAGACCAAGAUACCCAUCAAGCCCACUGCCAAACCCAAGUGUCUCCCGGACUUGCUCCUCCGAAGCUCAAAACUUUCGCUUCCGCCAAGACUUGGGUCUCAAAGAAACUGCUCUCAGCUGGUGACUAGCAGGGCGCGCAGGAGUAAUUCCAUCUGGGCCUGCAGUCAAGUUGGAGCUGGGUCUGAUCAUGUAGUAACCAAGUUCUCGAAUUUCAAAGAUGCAUGUUGGAGAUUUCUGAGGCCCCAUACGAUACGUGGAACGGCUUUAGGGUCCACUGCUUUGGUGGCAAGAGCAUUGAUUGAGAACCCAGAGCUUAUAAAAUGGUCUCUUGUGGUAAAGGCAUUCUCUGGCCUUCUUGCUCUACUGUGUGGGAAUGGAUAUAUAGUUGGCAUCAAUCAAAUCUACGACAUUGGAAUAGAUAAGGUUAACAAACCUUAUUUACCUAUUGCUGCUGGGGAUCUUUCAGUCCCAACUGCAUGGAUGUUGGUGAUACUUUUUGCAGUGACGGGUGUUCUCAUUGUUGGACUGAACUUUGGUCCAUUCAUCACUUCUCUUUACUGCCUUGGUCUUUUCCUGGGCACCAUCUAUUCCGUCCCUCCAUUUAGAAUGAAGAGAUAUGCAGUUGCAGCAUUUCUUAUUAUCGCAACGGUACGAGGUUUUCUUCUCAACUUUGGUGUCUACCAUGCCACAAGAGCUGCCCUUGGUCUUCCAUUUGAAUGGAGUUACCCAGUGGCAUUCAUUACAUCCUUUGUGACACUUUUUGCUCUGGUCAUUGCUAUAACAAAGGACCUUCCAGAUGUAGAAGGGGAUCGCAAAUUUAAGAUAUCAACUUUGGCAACGAAACUUGGCGUUAGAAAUAUUGCAUUCCUUGGUUCUGGACUCUUGCUGUUGAACUAUAUCAGUGCUGUAUUGGCGGCUAUUUACUUCCCUCAGGCUUUCAGGGGUAGCUUAAUGAUACCUGUACAUACCAUCCUAGCAACAUGUUUGAUAUUCCAGACAUGGCUGCUGGAACAGAGGAAAUAUACAAAGGAAGCAAUCUCAGAGUUCUACCAGUUCAUUUGGAAUCUUUUCUACGCCGAGUACUUCAUUUUCCCUCUAAUCUAGAGCUUAUGCGACCCAACCCCUCUUUUCACCUGUUUCUGAAACUCAGGCUACACCCUUUUUUCUGUAUGCUCAACCGGCUCCCCAAUUUUUUUUUACUGAAGUUAGCUGCCUGUUGUUGUACUGCUGAUGCUGCUGUAAAAUGGGCAACAACUAAACAUUCAAAUCGGGU